GAGCUGAGAGCAAAGCAGGGUGCAGCUCCCCUAUAAUGACUGGCCACCACAGUUGGGGAUAUGGGCAGGAUGACGGACCUUCAGAGUGGCACAAAUCUUAUCCUGUUGCCCAAGGGAACCGCCAAUCACCUAUUGACAUAGUUCCUGCAAAAGCAGUUUAUGACCCUAAGCUGAAGCCACUUAUUAUCUCCUAUGACUCAUGUACGUCUCUCAGCAUCUCCAACAACGGCCAUUCAGUUAUGGUUGAGUUUGAAGAUACUGAUGACAAGGCAGCUAUCAGCGGUGGUCCCUUUGAGAAUCCAUUCCGCCUAAAGCAGUUUCACUUUCACUGGGGGACUAAGCACAGCGAGGGAUCAGAGCAUACAGUUGACGGCAAAUCUUUUCCCUGUGAGCUCCACUUAGUUCACUGGAAUGCCAGAAAAUAUGCAACAUUUGGAGAAGCAGCAGCAGCUCCAGAUGGCUUGGCAGUAGUUGCUGUUUUCUUGGAGAUUGGGAAAGAACUUGCCAGUAUGAACAGGCUGACUGAUGCUUUGUACAUGGUAAAAUUUAAAGGAACAAAAGCUCAAUUCAGAAACUUCAACCCCAAAUGUCUCCUGCCUUUGAGUCUAGAUUAUUGGACAUACCUUGGUUCUUUGACAACACCACCCCUUAAUGAGAGCGUAACAUGGAUAGUGCUGAAAGAACCCAUCAGAAUUUCUGAGAAACAGCUGGAGAAAUUCCGCAUGCUCCUCUUCACCAGUGAGGAAGACCAGAGGAUCCAAAUGGUGAAUAAUUUUCGCCCCCCUCAGCCUCUUAAGGGGCGAAUAGUCCAAGCUUCCUUCAAGGCCUGAAGAAAAAUGAUAACGGCCCUAAGAUCCAAGAGCUUCCACAUCUGAGAUACUAUAAACAGAAACUCUGGUCAUCAGAUCACUCAUGGAACUGAUAGAUGAUAGCCAUUUCCAUGAAUACUCUGCUUGGAGGGGGACAAUCUUCUGAUUUUGUAUUUUUUUAAUUGCUCAUUCUUUUGAGAAAUGGGAUCUUUUUAACUAGUGCUUUUUAACAUAAGGGAUAGUUAAGUAAACUAGAGUGUUCUCCAAGGCGUGUAACUCUAAAAAUUAAGAUAAAAUCAAAAUCCCACUUAAUAUAAAAUGGGAAAUUAUGUAGUGAUCUACUAGUACUGAUGGCCACAACUUCUAAUUGUCUCACGUGAUACAUGAUAAAAUGGUAGUCAAGAAUUUGGGACACUUUGGACUUAAUUUUUCCUUACCGAUCUCUUGUUGGCAUUUGCUGAGCUCUGUCUGAUUUAAAGAUUGCUUUCAUUGUAUUCUUGCUGUCUGUUGAUACACACAGUACACAUGAAAAGUUAUUUUCUUGCCUCAAGUAGGCACUGGUAUGAAAACUACAGACAUAUAUUCUAAGGUUACUGUUCUAAGAUUCUAUUUUAUAAGUAAUUUAAAUAGCAAUGUAAAUGCUGUGUUUAAAAGCAGGUCAUUUUAUUGCACCGUGUUGUUCAGACAUGUUCUUUUAGCCCAUGCAGCAUACAGAACUAUAAUGCCCUUGUCAGUUUUGUUGAAAAGAACAUCCAUAGCAAUUCAGGUAUGUGUGCUGUGGUUCUCAAUUGUUCAAAUUCUACCUCAAUUAAGUGAUUUGCUCUGCAAUACGACCUCCUUUGUUGUCUGUCCUAAAAAAAAGUAGAUAUCUGUUUGAGGGAUGUAACAUGGCUAGACCUUGACUACACUGAGUGUGCUUUGCUGCACAAAUCAUCCCCUCCCUACGGCAGUCUGUGAGGGAUACCCCCUGCAGAUACACGGUUUCAUCAGUCCUGAGGCCUUUUACCUCUUGAAAAGAAAGUUGCUUUAGAAAAUCCAUGUGCUAGUAUUACUGCUUCUGCAGCUGAGUGACAAAACUCAGGCUCGUGUCUCUGGUACUAAAUACGGUGAUAUUACCUGUAUCUACCUGCAGUCAGGGUAUUUUCAGCUACCUUAGUUCUGGGUUCAAAUGUUCUACUUUAUCUGUAUAGUUCAGAUAGAAAUUGCUGGUGUUUAUCAAUUUUCAUCAGCUUAAAUGGAGAAAUCAAAGAUGUACAAUGUAAAGAAAAGCUGGGGGUGGGGUGGGUGGGAAGAACAGCUACUAUGGGCAGUUCUCCUUUUUCAGAAAGGGAGAAAGACACUAGAUGUGAAGCACUGUACAAGGAAUGGAAGACUAGAAUUCUAGACACAGCUUUUCUACGGUUUUUCUGGUAAUCUGACCUAAAACUAUCCAUUCCUCAGUUUCCUCUCAUAAAAUGAGCGUAACCCUGACCUACCUCACAGAAAUGUUGUGAGGGCUAAUUCUGUGUUGUUUGAGAUGUGAGAUUCUGAUACAGCAGAUGCUAAAGGAAACAAUCAUUACAAAAUGCAAUGGUUUUACCUAUUAUGAAUGUAACUUUACUAGUAAUACAAACUGGUAUUGCAGAAAAUCUAUUUAAUGUAUCUUAAUUUCUUUGACAAAUA